AUGAUUCCAUUACUACAAGACACCUCAAUUGCAGCUAGCAAACCAUUUGUAGCUACUGCCAAACGUGGUGACAUGAUAUGCAGCGAUUCGUCUGCAUCAUCCACGAUCGAGUAUGAGCAUGCAUCUUUGAGUGAAACCUCAUGGUCAGAAGAAGCAGCAGAAAGCAGUCAUGAGAGACCUGCUCUACACAAAGUUCUAUCAGAUCUUUUUGAUGAGAAUAUCCUUGCCAAACCCUAUCGUGCAGCGAGUAGGGUCUUGCAAGGCUUUGACCCGGCACACCAUGGUUUCCCCGAAAUCGUGCCCCAGCAAGGCCCGAAGCUAGGGCGAUGGGAAAUUCGCGAACCUGAGUUCUGGACAUGUGGUUUUUUCCCGGGAAUACUGUACACGUUGCUCGAGCGAUCCAUCAGAUACCCGAGAUCGAUCAGGGCCGGCAGCCCCGGACACGGAUCAUCCAUGAUUACCAGGGGCCAUUUACUCCCGUUAUGCAAGUCAUGGUCUGAGCCACUUCAUGCCAUGGCUAGCAGAACAGACACCCACGACAUUGGCUUUAUCAUCAUGCCGGCCCUCCGGAGAGACUUUGAACUAUUCGGAAGUGAAAGAAGUUUAGGUUCUAUCAUACAAGCAGCUCACAACUUGGCUACCCGUUAUGUGUUAGCUGCUGGUGCCAUUCGCAGCUGGGACUGCCUUCUGAAGAAGGACAUCACCAUCACAGAUAUGGAGAACAAUCUACUAACCAUCAUUGAUAGCAUGUGCAAUCUUGACCUGUUAUUCUAUGCUGCUGCACAGACGGGUGAACAGAGACUCGCUGACAUUGCUUCAUCCCAUGCAACAACAUUAUUGAAGACGCAUCUUCGACAAGAGACUGCGAGUUCAACUCUCAAGAGCGGAUAUCAGGGGCAACUCUACUCAACUUGUCAUGUUGCCAACAUUGACCCCAAAACAGGAGAUUUGAAAUGGCGACGGACAGCCCAGGGCUAUACCGAUGAUUCGACAUGGUCGAGGGGUCAAGCGUGGGCUAUCCUUGGUUAUGCACAGACUUACAACUGGACCAAAAAGGAAAGGUUCCUUGACGCAGCUUGCGGAUGCGCCGAGUACUUCCUACAUAGACUAGAGACAUCCCCUUCUUGUGUCGAGCUUCCGGUUCAGUGCAGUUCAGGACACAAAAGCGCUCGCCGAGGGCGACAUGUGCCGCUCUGGGACUUCGAUGCGCCCAUUGAGAAUCCUCGAGAGCCUCUUCGUGAUUCAUCAGCUGGUGUCAUUGCUGCCAAUGGAAUGUUAUUGAUAUCUCAGGCGCUUGCUGGGUUGGGAAGAUACACGUUGUCAGGCCACUUCUUCGACGCAUCUAUUGAAAUCGUCAAGGACACGUUGGAUGUUUGUCUCGCUACCGAGAAAGUCGUGAUGACCACCUCUGAAGACGGUGGAAAGUCCAUCAAAGUGGAAGAUACUGUCUCGGGGACCACGUUUGAUGCUCUUUUGAAGAAUGGGACAGCUAACAACAAUGAAAACGCCAAGAGACGAUAUGCAAACCACGGACUGGUAUAUGGAGAUUACUAUCUUGUCGAGGUCGGAAACCUUCUUCUAAGUAUGGGUCUGGCCUAG